CUGAAGCGGGGGUGCCGGGGGCCCAGAGGGGCCCAGAGGGGGCGGGCGCGCUGCCCUCUGCCCGGCGCCUGCCCCGCCUCGCCCCCUGCCCGGCACGGAGCUGCCGGGCCCGUGUGUGUCGAGCCGCGGGCAGAGCCGGGCGCUGGCUGAACGCAGCCGGGAGCGGUUCUUCAACAGCUCGGCUCACGAAUUCUCGCGAGGCAGGCUGGAAAUGGGAGAGACUGUGUCAGCUUAAAGGGGCCCCGGCAGGAACGGGAGCUCAGCGUCUAAUCGCCCUAGACCGCUUCUCUGUAGGGGGGGACGCGAAGACCUAUAGCCACUUGUACCAGCGUUGGGGCUAGUGGGGGCCCUCUGUAGGCUGGGUUCUGGUGGCUUGCGGCAUUUACAUCGCUAUCUUAAUUACGCCUGCUGAGCUGAUGGAAACAUCUUUAUACAGUUCCCUAGUGGAGAGGUGGUUUCUGGGGCUCCUUGCAUCUUGCGCCAAGGCCAUGCUGUCUGCAUCUGGGGUCAUUAUCUUAUCAUGUCCCUCUUUCUACCUGUAGCCCAGUACCCAUGACCAGUGCUCUCCUGUCCACAUGCACAGGAGAAGAUGCGGUUUUGCUAAGAACUACCACAAUUCCAAGCUUCUGAGGGGUUGUUAUGAACUGUGAGUCAAAGAGCCCUUUGGUGACAGAAUGACAGUAUGGAUGUUGGGGAUAGUCCCCUUCUCCCAGACAGCAUCCUCUAUGAGAUUUUCCUGUACCUGGACCACGUAGAUGUGCUUUCGGUGGGGUUGGUGUGUCGGCAAUGGCAUGCUGUGGCCCGGGAUGAGUUCCUGUGGAAGGAGCUGUUCUAUAGAUACUACAGGGUCUCUCGGGAAGUGCCACGGCACCCAGGUCUGGUAUUUUUAACUAUGUUUACUGCUGUUUCCUGGUACGAGGACUUCCAGAGGCUCUAUGACACCAUCCCCUGUGUUGAAGUGCAGACCCUGACGGAGCACAAUGACCAGGUCUUACACCUUAGCUUCUCCCACACAGGUUACCUGUUUGCAUCCUGCUCCAAGGACUGCACAGUUAAGAUCUGGAACAACGAGCUGGCCAUUUCCCUGCUCCACAGCUCCAACAUGCGGCUGUACAACUGGAGCUACACCCAGUUCUCCCAGUUCAACUCGGAUGACUCCCUCCUCCUGGUGUCAGGGGUCUUUGUGGGGCCCCGCAACUCCUCGUCAGGAGAGAUCGCUGUCAUUAGCCUGGAGAACUUCACGCUCCUCUCCAGGGUGAGGAAUAAACCCUAUGAUGUGUUUGGCUGCUGGCUGAAUGAAACCAACUUGAUUUCCGGCAACCUGCACCGAAUUGGGCACAUCACCUCCUGCUCUGUGCUGUGGCUGAACAAUGCCUUCCAGGGCAUAGAGUCUGAGAAUGUGAAUGUAGUGAAGAGACUGUUCAAAAUCCAGAACUUGAAUGCCAGCACCAUCCGGACAGUGAUGGUGGCAGACUGCAGCCGCUACGACGCCCCGGACCUGCUCCUGGACUACAAGGAGCAGCUGGCUGCUGCUACCUCUCCCUACCAGGUCUUUGACCUUGGCAGUGACAGUGAGGAAGAGGAGGUGAAGCCCAAGCAGAAAGUGAUGCCAGAGCCAGUGGCGCAGGCAUCGCCGGGUGGUGGGAGCGGGACAGCAGGGGAUGGGCUGCAGCAGUUCCUGGAUGACCUCCUUGAAGGCCGUGUGAUGCCCGUCCUGAGUGAGAGAGAGCUGGAGACGAAGGUGGCAGAGCUGCUUGCUAGGAACCGGACUAAACCGCCUGAACUAACCCAGCUCCCCACAGAGGCCAGCAACAAGAAGAAAUACUUAAUCUUCACCACAGGAUGCCUCACCUACUCUCCACACCAGAUAGGGAUUAAGCAGAUCUUGCCUCAUCAGAUGACGACUGCUGGACCGGUGCUUGGGGAGGAGAGACGUUCGGACGAGUUCUUUGAUUCGCUGGAUCAUGUCAUCGACGUCCACGGUCACAUUAUUGGGAUGGGCCUUUCUCCUGAUCACAGGUACCUGUAUGUGAACAGCCGGUCCUGGCCGCGGGACUGUGUGAUCUCUGAUCCCAUGCAGCCACCCCCCAUCGCAGAGGAGAUUGACCUGCAUGUGUUUGAUCUGAAGACUAUGAAGGAGGUGAAGCGAGCCCUCCGCGCGCACCGGGCCUACACCCCCAACGAUGAAUGCUUCUUCAUCUUCCUUGAUGUCAGCAGGGACUUCGUAGCCAGUGGGGCGGAGGAUCAUCAUGGCUACAUUUGGGACCGGCACUAUAACAUCUGCCUGGCCAAGCUGCAGCACGACGACGUGGUCAACUCGGUGGUAUUCAGCCCCAUUGAGCAGGAACUGCUCCUGACAGCCAGUGAUGACACCACCAUCAAAGUGUGGCGCUCCCCCCGCACAGUGCGCAUCCACCAAGCCAGGAAACCUAAGCCCCGGAAGCUGCUCUUCUCCUGGCUCAUGAACCAGAAGAGCUGAGCCAGGCACCUGCUCAUGCUGCUGCCUCACUCCAGCCACACCCUUUAUUGUGCUUCGGACAGUGGGAGCGUAGAUGGAGAGUAGCUGUGUGCAAAAGGUCCUGGAAGGAUCCUACCCCAAGAGAGAACCUCGCGCUCCCGCCAAUGGCUCGCAUCUGACAAAACUGUUACAAACUGCAGCCUGUGAGCUGGGUCCGAUCUGGGCCUUAGCGGGUCACUGCAGGGCACAUUCCCAGUCCACAUCUCACCAGUGCUGCUAGGCGGUCACGCUACUUGCAGCCCAGCUUUGGUCACUGAUCAGCACAGACUCUGGUGGCUUAUUUUUCUUCGAGAGCUUGGGAUCUAGCCUCACUGACAGCUGUUGGCUGCACAGCAGGUGGCCAAAGGGAAAUGUCGCAGCACUGCUCCUGUCACAGCUGGACUGUUUUAGUAGCUGUUUUAUUGAUGUCUGUUUGCAGGAGGCGCUGACAGUGUUACUGGUUAGCUAGGUCCUGAAUACAAACUGGGAAGCGAAGAGACUUUCAAAAGAGGCGCUCGCUCUAGAAGUGCACAGCAUUAUGGCACAUGCGUUGGCUUGCCGGCACUAAGAUUCUGCUGACGGCAGCUAGCAACUUUCUGCCCCACGUCUCCACCUCGGGCCUACCAGAGCCCAAGGCAAGCCUCAGUCGCUGCUUUCCAGUAGCUGUGAGCCUGUGCAUCUCCACCACUGGCUUCCACACAAGGGUACGUGGAGAGCUGGUGAGUCACAUGGGACAGACCUUGGUGAGCUGCUAAAUAACAUUAAGAUGCUACAGUUGCAUUGCCUAAUGUGGUGUUUUCCAGGCAAUCCACUGCAGUGGUGAUCACAAAGCUGAGUUUCCCCCUCAAUGAGGGCAGCUUAUGGGCUAGAGUUGGCCAUGAGUGUAGCUCAUGCUGUGACAGUUGGAAACUCUUGGUAUUUGGUCUGCAGGACAUAGCAGGUGCCUAUGCCAUCCCAGCUGACGCCGAGUUGCUCACUAACUGCUACCUGGCUGAGACCUGUCCAAGUGCUCUCUCACUGGGUGACUUCUCCCUGCUAUGGUACUGGCCUCCCCAAGCGCCUUUAAGUUCUCAUCUAACAAAUCACCUAAUGAAACAAUGAGUCAGUCUUUGCUGUGCUCGGUCAUGCUGCACUCCUGGUCUCACCCAAGGUCCCUAGAGCUGGGUGUGAUGAGGCAGCCUGGGGAAGCCAAGACUGAUGGGGGCUUCUAAAGCCAGCAGCGGGAGAUGAGGGGAAAAUGUCUCACUUCCAGUAGCUGCACCUGGUCAAAGAUGAUCCCUCUUUAAGAACUAGUUUGUCUUUGAAAACAGCCCUAGGAUUUUAACUGGGUGUCUGAUCUAGGAUCCAAAUCCACAUGCUAGGAUUUCUGAGGUGCUGGUAACCGCAGCUCCCAGUACCUUCAAGCUGCAUGUCUCAGCAGCUUUGGACAUAGCAGGCUGGAAUUUGGAGGCCUCUGACCUGGGAAGCAGUGGCUGUGGCCUGCACAGCAGGGAGGGCUGGGGAGGAAGAGAAAGUUGCGUACUUGUUCGUUGUCUGUACGCUCUGCUUUCGGUCAGUCCUCUGGGCUGCAGCCUCUGUGCUGUGUGGACACGGAGGGUUUGAAUUCCUCUUUUAUGAGGGCUGGCAAGAUUAAUAGUGUUGCUACCCUCCCCUAGCAGCAGGCUCCAGGGUCUCCACCCCCAUCUCCCCACCUGCAGUUCACAUACCAGGUCUGUCUUGUCACUAGCAGUAACAACUGCCCCAGAGAGCAGGGAGUUGGUGUCUGCAAAUGGUUUGGAAAACAUGGAUACUUCCCUUGGAGCUGUUUGACCAUUAACAAAACUAAAUUCACUCCCCCAGCGUGGGGAUUUUUUACAUAGCUGGGAGAUUGUGUGAACCCUUCUCCUGCUUGCUGCGUUGGGCUUAGUGCUGGCUCCACACUGCCUGGGCACGGCAAGGUGGUCUGUUUGUUCAGACAUUCUGCUCCUCACUGCAGAGUGGCUUUCUACUACACAGGAUCCAAGCUCGAAUUGUCAGACGGCCUCAUCUUUAGAUGAGGUACAAGCCCAUGUUUGUAACUGCCCAAAACAAUCCCCUCUAGCCAAGAACUCUAGUACAGAGGCAAUACGCUAGGUGGGCCUGUCCUUAGGAUCCAGCAAGGACUUGAGCAUUGCACUGCUGACUGGGGCAGUGCCUGGAAUAAGCAGAGACCCUCCUGACCCCCCCCUGUGAGUCACAAAGUGUGGGUGGGUGGCCUAGGCGCUAUCUGCCCAUUCAGCGUAGAGAGAGGCCCACCUUAGACCACCACAGUAGGCAGGGAGCUGAACCUGGGUCUCCCAUAUCCCAGCUGUGUCCUAACCAGGGCCUGAACGGUUAAAGUGGGCCAUGAUUGCUGCUGCUGUUCACGUAGCCAAGCCCCUCAGCGUGCCAUUUACCCUGGGCUGUGGGGCUUAGGCGGCAGCUAGGCAUCUGGCUGCCUAGAGAAAGCCAACAGGGCCCAGGCCCCAACCUAGCAACUUUAAGCACUGAGUGAGUUUAAGCUUCUACAGCUUUUUGUGGGAGUUUCAUCGAUGGCUGUGGAGCCCAAAUGGGGCUUUAGGUACCAUGGGUGGAGCUUGGUGUCAGUGGCCAAUGUUAGGCUGGGGGGUGAUGUGUGGAGGGCUGGAGAAAUGAGCAUGGUUGUAGGAGCUGAAAGUAGUAUGCUGAGGGGCUGGGAG